AGUUACCUUGAAAUUGAGAAAAGUCAGUGCAAUAUUUUCAAAUUCAUGUUAUUCGAGUACCGAUUAUUCUAUCAAUAUUCAUAAUAAAGUUGGAAAAUUAAUAUCAGAACAGUCAAUAUCAUAUUUCUGCAUAAACCGCAUACCGUAGAGUAAAUUGUAAUUAAUGUUCUCCUUCAGACCGGUUAAAAUACUUAUUAACUGACGUAAUCGUGCAUGACAACAUCUGGUACAUUACGAUGCGAUGCCGUCGGCGUUUAAUGAAAUUAAAUUUCCCUCGUCAUAAGGUUCAAAAUCUGUGAUUUAAUACAUUAGAUAGACUAAAAAGUGGCGUGCAAUUUCCUAUGGCCGUGAUAGUGGUCGGAUAUUGAUGAGUUAGCAGUUUAGUGGGGAGGCAAGGAGUCCAGGAGCCGUUGAUUGCGGAGGUCCGGAGGACGAGGAUGAACGACCCGUGGGACGUGAAGUCUGUGCGACGGGCAGGCCAGUACGUGUCCUGCAUGAAAAUAAAUGGGGUGCCGCUCCUUCCGCCUGUUUUAUCUAAAGAAUGUCGCAAAGAAAUGCAGUACUAUAAACUUCUUGCCCGAGAAGUUGAGAAGCGUAUAACUCUUCUACAGCCGUAUGUCAUAGACACUGACUCGGAAUCUGAGGAUAAGACUGACGCUCCUGAACUGCCUGAAUGCGAACAAAGCUAUGAACUCCCACAUGAGGAGGUCCAGGCUGGCUUCAAUGUUAAUAUAGAUAAAAUUACUGCUAUCACUACAUCUCAAAAUGGUCAAAAAGCGCUUGCUCUAUCCCCAGAACUCGGCCCCGUGACCAGUAUUUGUAACAAUAUCACUUCCAAUGUGGUUGUGGAAACAGUGGAUUCAGGUUCUAGGUCUAACUCUCCAAAAUUCAUAAUAGAUCUCAGUUUAAGUAUCAAUGAAACUGGAAAGAAUGUUAUUGAAGCUAUUAAAAAGGCUCCACACUCUCAAAUAGAUCUUCCAGAAAGAGAUUAUAAUUGCACGAAAAGAAGAAUUACUCAAAAGGUAAUAACAGAAAAAGAAGUAAUCACGGAAGUAGAUUCUGAAAGAAAUAAUAAAAAACAAAAAGCGAAAGCCGAAGAAGUUACUGAUUUCAGCUUUAGUGUUAAUAAACAUAAUUUGAGCAAUCCUUUUGUUGAUGUACCUAUAUUCCAAGAUGGUCCUUCAUCUCUUAGCUCCAAGAGCUUUACUGGAUCCUUAAACGAUUUGCACAGAGAGAGCAUUAAAGACUUGCAUGUUGCUCCGACAUUAAUACGCCAGCGAUCUUAUACUAUACUGAACCCGAGUCCUCAGCUCAUGGCUCAUCUAGAAGUACAAUCCAAGAAUACCGGUAUCGAGGUGAACUCUAUAUCGAUGAGUGAAUCGUUUUCUAACCUGAGUAGUCCGAACAAAAAGCGUAGAAGUUGGGACUUGGAAACUGCCAAAGUGAAAUGGUCUUCUAUGGCGCUAGAGUUGAAACAGACUAACGUCGUAAACAAUCUUGCUAGGAAGGUAUCUACUAGAACUGUCCUAAAAAAUCAUCAAGUGAAAAAGUCUCCUCAGAACACACCACCCACGCGGACUAAGUCCGUUACUUUAGAUAAAGCUAAACGCAACGUCGUAGCGCCAAAACCAAUGACAAAAUCUAAUGCGAUUCCCAGUAAUGAUAUUUCGCCUAAAUCUGAACCAAUUCCAAAAAAUCUAAAUCGAAAAUCAAUCAGUCCAGUAAGAAAUUGUAGCAACCGUCCUGUAGCAAAAGACCCAGGGUCACCUAAAGUGAUAAGAAAACAACCUGAGCCAUUGCCCCAAUAUCACGCGCAUCCAACACCAAUAUCUGAAUCGGACGACCCGGCGGCGCGCGUGCGGGAGCUCUAUGAGAAAGUACAAAAUCAGCAGUUGUUACAAAUGGCAACAUUAGUGGAAAAACAGAAGAAGGAGCAGUUGCUCCUUCAGCAAGUGUUUGAGGAGCAGAAUAAUUUGCUCUUCAAACAGCUAAAGACUAUAUGUCCCAAGUCUCCGAUAGAGGUAAAGGAGGCUUGGGGCGACAAACAUCUGGACGCAGUUCGGGGCCCGGUCAGCCUGAGUCAGCUGAUCAACUACAAGUCUCCGGAUCAAAGUGAUUUCGGCAGUCCUGUUUCGACAACAUUGACUGAAACUAACAACUACAUAAACCAGUGCGAUAACGUUCUGAAGAAAAGCAGGGAUAUUUCCGGGAGCAUCAAAAAGCAACCGAAUAAACCUCGUUUUCAGAACGGAACCAAGAUUUUGCCUCCAAAGCCACAACCUGAGGCGAGUAAGGGUCGGGCUCACUCCCCGUCUCAGAGAAACACCCCGACGUCUCGACGACUCAACUACGACACGAGCGCAUCAUCUGAUCAGGAGUUGGAGCCGAUGCUAACCGACCGAACGAACGACACGAUGGCCGAUUUGAACGUGACAUUUCCUUCUGACAACGACGAUUACAGUCAGCACACCAGCAGCACCAUGAGCCACGUGUUCGGUAAGGAAAUCAAAACGCUUCAUGGAGCAUCGCACACGAGUUCUGCGAUGCGUUGCAGCAAGUCCACGGACAAUGCCAUCCGCAACAUGGAGAGAACGAUACACAAUUCAAUCAACAGCACUAAUUCGAGAGUCGCCAAGUCCAAGUACAACAUCCAAGGGACGCCAGAGGAGCAUGCGGCAGCUACCAAAAUAGUGGCCGUGGCCAAAGGGUACCUGGUCCGUCGACUCAUGCGCACCGACCGGGUUCAGGCAACCGUGCAGACCAUCAAGGAUGCUCUGUUAUGUGCCCUGCAGCUGCAUCAGGAUCGGGAGGGGAUCAGGGGAGCUGAUGUGGAUCUGCAUCGGCGGUUGAUACAGCAGAUCACAGCAGCAUGUUACUCCCUUCACGACACAUUCGUAGCGAGCACGGCUUCGGAGCGUUGCGCUCUCAUCGCGGCCGACAGGGGGCGCCGUCGCUCGCUCGCCGCGCGGCAAGCUAACAACUCCUUUAGACAGACGGACCUAAUGUCACAAAGCCACACCGGGGCGUUUCCCGCGCGCACCAUGCGACCUCCACCCUCGCUGAUGACGCAGUCGUACUAUGGUAACACUGAACCACAGACGUUUAACGACGAAAAGCGCGCAGGCGUAUCAGUUUCCCGCCAAAUGUCAAGUCCGCACCGACGCCCGUGGCGCUGACCCUCGCCCACGCCCAGCUGUCUGCCGCGCUUCUUUGCCCACUGCUGGGCGACGCGCCGCGACAUCGGCCUAUAAACUUGGACAAAAUUUCAAACAAAAUUUCCCAGCUUUUUGAGGCUUUCCCCACUUUAUCAGUGUUGCAAGAAACAAAUUAUUUGAAAAAUUUUUUGUUUUUGUUUGAAAUUUUAUCGUUUCUCAAAAUAUUUUUUGAUCGAUGUAUUUGUAAUGCUUCUAUUUUACAAACCAAAUACGAACAUUUUAAGCGACCAAAAUUUAUUGUUUUUAGUUAUUUUUAUAUCUUCGAGAGUCAAAAUUAUAAGUUGACCAAUUAGGCUAUACUUAAAAAAGUCCAUAACAUUUUUUUAUUACUGCUAAAUACAUUGACUAAUUUUGAUGAAAUCUUUAUAAGCUUUAAGCGUUUCGAAUGCUCUCUUAUAAACAUACAGCAAGAAGACUAUCGUGCUUAAGUUUGGCUUCAAUUGUAUUUAAAAUGAAUAUCAAAAACUUAAUUAAGGAAAACUUUCUCUACAUUUUGUGCGUCAACUCAACUUUUAUAUAAAAACACUGAUAUAAGUUCAAAUAUUAUUUGUAACAAAAUUAUUUAUUGUUAGCAUUUAAGUCUUAAAUUAUGGUUGUAAUAUUAUUAUUCCGUUCGGUAUGCUUCCAAAGCAAAGUGCCUAUAUUUGCACCAAAAUAACUUAGAAUUAAAAUUAAGAACUGUAUCAACUCCGUCGCUGUGUUUACAAGCGUAAUUUUAUAAAUAAUGCAUAAUUUUAUAAGCUUUAAAAGUAUUCCGAUUAAUCGGUACCAUAUAUUUUGAAUAUUGAUAAAUUAGAUUUAGCAUAAGUGCACAUUUAUAAAUUAAACACAGCGACAUAAUAAAGUAGACUAGAGUAUAUUUAAAUUCACUGAAAUAUAAGAAUUUCCUACCAUGAAUGCCUAAUUUGAACAAAAUGUUGUAUGAAGUAAACUUAAUUUUUAAGUGUGGCAAGACUAGACAAAUCUUACGGGGUUGCCAAGAGUGGUGAGGUGAAGAAGUGGCAAGAAAAACUAAUGCCUGGCUAGUGGCGACUUUCUAAGAUAAAUCAUCAUACAUUAAAAUUAUAUUUUGAGUAGUCAGAAACUAUAUCUAUCUUGUGGUUGAUCUUUACUAAAAAAAACAAACGGGGUGAGCUAAAUAAAACCGUUUAAAAACUAAACGAAAAACUUUAAAGAGUAUGGAAAUGAUAAGCUUAAAAAGAGGCCUUUUGUAUGUAGUUGUAUUGCGAUAAAUACAAAAGUUCGUAAUUUAAGUUUAGUAAUCGAUAGGUUUCCUGGAAUUGUGCACUUGGUGUAAUAUAUCUAAAUGCUAUUGUAGACUCCACAUAACUUAUUUGGCUUUGCAUUUUAUAAAUAACUCGUUAGCCACUGUUUAUUCUUCAUAUAUUAUUUUCCCCUCUGUUGCAGAAAUUCGUUUACCUAUAUACCAUAAGAAUGGAUAUCAUAAUUUUGUAACUUCAUGGUGCUUCCAACUCUAUAUAGAUGUCCUGAAUAUACCUAUAUUUUUGGCAAUAACACUAAUUGUACUUCUAACGCUUUACAUAUUGUUCUUUAUUAAUCCCUUCUGUGAUCCAUCUUCCAAGUUAUUAACUAAUCAGUAACAGAAUGUGUCUAUCUCUCCAUUUCUAUGAGGUUUUACUCACUAACCAAGUUCAGUUCAUUUUUAACUUAUCGAUCGUUUGUGCUAAUCUCCGCACCUCUAGUCAGUUCUGUCUCAGAUCUCGUGGUUAACUACUUCUAAUUUCUGUUACUACUCUUAUCUGCAUGUGUUAUAAACUGCAUAUAAAAAUAUUAUUUAACUACUUAUAACGGAACGCACGUUUUGUAUCGAACUAAAAUAAAAAAUAACAUUGAAUAUUGUAAUUACGUUGCAAAAGACAUGAUUAGUGCAACAUUUUAAUUAAAAAAGACAUAAGUAUCAUAAGAACCGAAAAAAUUGUAGUCUUAUUAUAUGUUUCAUUGGUAUGUAUGACAAGUAUUUCCAAAGAUGUUUUCCGACAGUGAGAUUAUUGUACUGUAUUUUCGUGCAUAUUUUUUACGCAAUAAAAAUGCAAAAACUUA